AUGGCGCUUUUAUUAUAUGUGGAUGAUAUCAUCCUUACUGGGAGUUCUUCUGAGUUGAUUAAUGCAGUUAUUACAGAUUUAACAAAGGCAUUUGAUAUGAAGGAUCUGGGGCAGUUGCACUAUUUUUUGGGCUUGGAGAUCAGUUAUGUAUCUACAGGUUUGUUUGUCUCUCAAACCAAGUAUAUCAGGGAGUUACUUCAAAAGGUUGAUUUACAAGAUUCUAAACCGUGUGCCACUCCCUAUUUACCAUAUCAUAGACUACUUAAAACUGAAGGUACUCCCUAUCAUAGCCCUGAUCAAUAUCGAAGUAUAGUAGGUGCUUUGCAGUAUUUAACAUUCAUUAGGCCUGACAUUGCUUUCUCAGUGAAUCAGUGUUGUCAGUUUAUGCAUAAUCCUAUGGAUUCUCAUGUUGUGGCUGUUAAGAGGAUUUUGAGAUAUCUUAGUGGCACUUUGGACUAUGGUCUUCAUUUUCAAACUGAUAAACUGCAUUUACAAGCUUAUAGUGAUGCUGAUUGGGCUGGUGAUCCUAAUGAUAGGAGAUCUACCUCGGUCACAUUGUUUAUCUUGGUUCUAGUCUCAUUUCUUGGGCUUCUAAAAAGCAACACACCGUCUCUAGGUCAUCCAUACAGGUAG